UAUUAUUUGGGAUGCCGCCAUUGGACCAGUGGACAUUUGGUUAGAAAGUAGCAAGCUCGGAUAAGUAUGUCCACUGAUGAAAGUGUCUUAAUAGCUCCGCGACCAUGUGAGAAAUAGUAGCCUAUAUGUGGUAAUGAGUGGUGAGGGUGUGACAUUCACUGCCAGUGUUGCCAGUGUUGCCUGUUUUGCCAGCUGUGAGUUACAGUUUUGAGGAAUAUACCAGUGUUAAAUCUUGCUAAUAUCCAUGCUAACUGUAGAUAUUUGCCCUUGAUGUCUAUGACUGUAUGAUUAAAUAGGCCUAGUAUUAUUCAAGUAUUGGAUCUCACUUUUCUGGCUUGGAAGGAGGUAUGCACACAUGCUUCAUGUCCUAAUGGCAAAGGAAGAAUGCAUCACACAAGCAUGCAACAUAGCAAAGGACACUUCAAAACUACGAAACAGGAAAACCUGUCCCACUUCAGAAAAGAAUCAGAUCUUCCCAAAUCCAUCCAAAAACACUCACUACCCACCAGAGGAUGACAGCCAGGCUUCAAAUGGGAUGUCUGCUCACUGGUCAAACAGAGGAAGAAUCUCUACCAGUGAGGAACCCUCACCCAGGCUGCUGCCUUUCCUUUUGAUGGUGGGGCUCUCCUUCUCCACACGCCUGUAUAAAAUAACAGAGCCCCCUCAUGUGUGCUGGGAUGAGACGCACUUUGGGAAGAUGGGAAGCUACUACAUCAACAGGACCUUCUUUUUUGACGUCCAUCCUCCUCUUGGAAAAAUGCUGAUAGGUCUUGCUGGUUACAUGACUGGCUACGAUGGCACCUUUCCCUUCAUAAAGCCAGGAGAUAAAUAUGAACACCACAGCUACUGGGGGAUGAGAGGGUUCUGUGCUGUGUUAGGCUCCUUUCUCCCCAUCUUUGCCUACUUCAUAGUGUUGGAGUUGUCUAGGUCUCACACUGCUGCUCUUAUCACUGCUAUUCUGCUCAUAUUUGACACUGGCUGCAUCACUAUUUCCCAGUACAUCCUGUUGGACCCCAUACUCAUGUUCUUCAUCAUGGGAGCAGUGCUGAGCAUGGUUAAGUUCAACCAGCAGAGACACAGGCCUUUUACUGCCCCCUGGUGGCUGUGGCUGGUAUUGACUGGUGUAAAUCUUGCUGGAGCUUUGGGGGUGAAGUUUGUGGGUCUAUUUGUCAUCCUGCUGGUGGGACUGAACACAGUGUCAGACCUGUGGAGACUAUUGGGGGACCUGAGUCUGUCACUGGUGGACGUUGCAAAACACCUCCUGGCUCGGGUUGCUGGACUCAUCCUGCUUCCACUCUUUUUCUACAUUUCAAUAUUUGCAAUCCAUUUUGUUGUUUUGAACAAAAGUGGACCAGGAGACGGUUUCUUCAGUUCUGCCUUCCAGUCUCGUUUAAUAGGGAACAAUCUACAUAAUGCAUCCAUGCCUGAGUACCUGGCAUAUGGCUCCACCAUUACAAUAAAAAACCUCCGUAUUGCUGGAGGCUAUUUGCACUCUCAUUGGCACUUAUAUCCAGAGGGAGUGGGAGCAAAGCAGCAGCAGGUGACAGCCUACCUGCAUAAGGACUACAACAACUUGUGGCUGGUUCACAGACACGAUGUUAAUAAUUCUCAGUCUGGAGCCAAUGAUCUGGUCCGUCAUGGUGACAUAAUCCGAUUGGAGCACAAAGAAACAACUCGUAACCUUCAUAGUCACCUCCAUGAAGCCCCUCUGACUAAGAAACACUUUCAGGUUACAGGAUAUGGCAUCAACGGUACAGGAGACACCAACGACCUCUGGCAGAUUGAGGUGUGUGGAGGUCGGAAGGGUGACCUGGUGAAGGUGCUGCGCAGCAAAGUCCGCUUUCUGCACAGAGCUACCGGUUGUGUGCUUUACUCCUCUGGCAAGACUCUUCCCAAGUGGGGCUGGGAACAGGUGGAGAUGACCUGUAGUCCCUACUUGAAGGAGACUCCAAGCUCUCAGUGGAACAUUGAAGAUCACAUCAAUCCCAAAUUGCCCAACAUCAGCCUGUCCGUGCUGAAGCCCCACUUUCUGGAGAUAUUACUGGAGUCCCACAUUGUUAUGAUAAGAGGCAACAGCGGUUUAAAGCCCAAAGACAAUGAAAUGAACUCAAAACCCUGGCACUGGCCCAUCAACUAUCAGGGACUGAGAUUUUCUGGAGUGAAUGAAACAGAGUAUCGUGUUUACCUGCUGGGGAACCCUGUGGUCUGGUGGAUUAAUCUGGCCAGUUUGGGAUUGUAUCUGAUCAUGGUGGCAGUAGCCUCUAUCGCCCUCCAUAGAGGUGUCUCAGUGGACCAGAAACGAAGAGAGCACUCCUCUGUUCUCAUGAGAGGAGGAGGACUCUUACUCCUCGGCUGGCUGCUGCACUAUGCACCUUUCUACACGAUGGGCCGUAUCCUCUACUACCAUCACUACUUCCCUGCCAUGCUCUUCAGCACCAUGCUAACAGGAAUCACAUUAGACAUCCUGCUAAAGAGUGCUGAUCUGCUGCUCCGCCCACCUUACUGUGAUUGGCUGCAGAGAAUCGGGCAGAUUUUACUUGUGUUUAGUGUUCUUUACAGUUUCUGCCUGUUCCAUCCGCUCACCUAUGGCAUGACGGGGCCUCUGGCACACGAGCCAGGCAGCUCCAUGGCUGGCCUGAAGUGGAUGGACUCCUGGGAAUUCUAGACAGCUUUGCAUGAAGAUGACACUAAUGAUGAUGAGUGAUAUAUAGCAAAUGUUCUGAAUAUAAGGAACAUUGUUUACAGAUAGAAAUAAGAUUUCAAAGGUACUGUACACACUACAAUAGUAUCCCUACCUGCCCAAGUAUUUAUGUCUCAUUUCCAAGUGUUUUAGUUUAUGAUGUAUGUAUAAGAUGGACUUGAACCAGUGCAAUAUGAAAGACGUGGAGGUUUUGAGAAGAAGGAUCUAGACACUAAUCAACACCAAACUGCCUUAACUCAUAACACAGAUCACAUUCAGGAUUUAUAUUGUAUGUCACAAUAAUAAGCUAAAGUGCCUCCAAGGAGCUAGUGAAAGUACAUCCUGAAAUGUGUUGAUAAUACAUUUCUUUGCUCAACAAAUUCAGUGAAAAUCCUUUUUAUACAUAAUAAUAGGCUAUAAAAGACUGUAUUGACGUUAGUGCUCGGUAUUUUUGUAUUGUAUUUAGCCAUUAGUGCUGUCUGGUACUGGCUUUGUUUUUGAC